CAAGGGGGAAGGGAUGUCUGCUGCAGUGGCAGGGAUGGGUUGGGAAUGCCUUCUCUCCCAACCUCUCCCUGCAGCCCAGGUGACAGGGCUCUUGCUCAGGGAGGACUCACACACAGACAACAGUGAUCCCCUAUGGAACUUUGCUCAAAAUAAAUCUUACUCUAGCUCUAGUAUAUAAAGCACAUGAAAGCAGACCUGUCCUAAUGGAAGCAGUGCUGGAGGUGGGGCUCCCCCCACCACUCAUUCCCUUUGUCCCUGCAAGGUGCUCAAAGAAUUGCAGCUUGGGGAUGUCUGAGUUUCUUCAACCCACUUAUUUAACAGAUGGAAAGGAGCUCAGUGAGCUGAAUAGAAUGGCUAGAUUAGAAAUGUAGGGAGUCAUAAAAAGACCAAGAUUUAGAGAGGCAAAGAGGGAAGCAGAUGGUUAGUCUAUAUUCAUUAAACACCCACUGAAGAAUAAAUCAAAAGAGGCUUAGAUUCCUUGAAAUAGGUCUAAACUGGCUCGGCGCCUAUAGCUCAAGUGGCUAAGGCACCAGCCACAUACACCAGAGCUGGUGGGUUCAAAUCCAGCUUAGGCCUGCCAAAUAGCAAUGACAACUACAACCAAAAAAUAGCUGGGCGUUGUGGCAGGCACCUGUAGUCCCAGCUACUUGGGAGGCUGAGGCGAGAGAAUUGCUUAAGCCCAGGAGUUGGAGGUUGCUAUGAGCUGUGAUGCCAUAGUACUCUACCCAGGGUGACAGCUUGAGACUCUGUCUCAAAAAAAAAAAAAGAAAGAAAAAAGAAAUAGGUCUAAACUCAGGUAUAGAUUGAAAACACAACAAAUCAGGGUCAAAGCAACAGUGGCCCAGGGAAUUGCUUUUCACUAAAUGCAGUUAGGAAAACCAGAUCCCAAUAUAAAGAAAAAAAUCCAGAAACUUCCCCCUUAGGCCUCUACAUUGCAUAGGCCCACUGCCAAAAACAUUCACUCAAUUAUAUGAUAAUAGUCAAAUAUAGAAUGAAUCAAUCAAAAACACAGAGCAUGAAGUUCUGUCUUGUUCUGGGGUAUAUACAGAUAAUGGGAGUUCAUGAGGAAGCAGAAGCCCACCAAAGCUGAGGCCUGAGACCCCAAACCCAUCCUUCAGAAGAAAAAUUGUCAAAUGCAUGAUGGUCUAAGCAGAGAACGUAGUCCCCUACACUCUGGCUGGCAAUGGACUUUCCUAGAGGAAGGUUCGUAGCUUUCAGCAGAUUGUCCGAGAGUUCCAUGACCCUAAUAAGUUUCAGAACCCUGCCAGGGUGGACGGCAGUUUCCUAAGGGGUGAGGGGUAGAGCAGGUAAACAUCUGACUAAAUUCUCUGCUUUGAGCUGCCUUGCGGAAGAAGCAGCAGUGGAACAUGGAAGUCCACAAGAAGGGGAAACUACCUAGAAUCACAGAGCCUGACCCGUCUUUAUUUUUCUGUGCAUACAACUGUCCCCAACAGGUAUAAUGAGUAUGCAUAGUUUGUUGGCGUCUAUGGUACCGAUGGCCAAAAGGAUGACAAAGCCAGAGCUGACCUGGAGAUGUUCACCUACAUUGGCUGGCAGCAUAGGCCCUUCGGUUUUAUUUUAUUUGUUUGUCUGUUUGCUUGCUUAUUUCUUGAGCCAGAGUCUCACUUUUUUGACCUUGGCAGAGUUCCAUGGCAUCAUGUUCACAGCAACCUCAAACCUCUUGGGCUUGAACAAUCCUCUUGCCUCAGCCUCCCAAGUAGGUAGGACUAUAGGUGCCUGCCACAACGCCCAGCUAGUUUUUCUAUUUUUAGUAGAGAUGGGGUCUUACUCUUGCUCAGGCUGGUCUCGAAUUCCUAGGCUCAAGGAAUCUACCCUCCUCAGCCUUCCAGAGAGCUAAGAUUACAGGUGUGAGCCACCACACCCAGCCUGUCCUUGGCCUUUAGUUGUGCCCAGGAGAGAAGAUAAUGUCUUAGGUCCUCUCAGGGUAGGCAAUUGGAACUGAGAUCUCCAUCUCAACCCUCAAAGGGACACAGCCCAGUGAAAGAGUGGGCUAAAAAAACAUCCAGACCUCCCUCUACGGGAGUAUAGUAGUAAAUGUCCCAGUGCAAGUGACUACAGAGCUAGAUAAAAAUGGUGUUUUUUCAAAAGCAUUGAAUUGGCAAGAAAUUCUCUAAUUUCUUGAAUUUUUCCAAGAAAUUCUCCACUGUACAAAAGCAUGGUGAUUACAGUCAUCUGGGGGAAAAGUGUGCUUGUCAUCAGUUUUUGCCUUAAGAGUAUCUGCCACACAAAACCCAGAUGAACUUCAGCUAUCAGUCAGUUACAGUGCUUGUGCAGUGGGGGAGACCAGAGAUAAAGCCUGGGACCACCGUACAUAAUGCUGGGAUUCCAAGCAGCAGACUCUUACUAUUAGGGUGAACAAAAGGAAAUUUGUCAUGAAGAAGGACAGGAACAAAAAAGAAUGAAAUUUUUAAAAAAUCAAUUCAAAGGAAGGCAAGAAAAGAAAAAAAAAAGAAACAAAAAAAAAGACAACAAAAAGUGUAAAAUAAGAUGGUAGCAAUAAAUCCAAGUAUAUCGGUAAUCAUAAUAAAUGUAAAUAGUAUGAAUCCGUUAGUUAAGAAUCAAAAGGUAUAUAAAACAAAAUACAGUUAUAUCCAAUUUUUAGGAGAUUAACUAACAAGUAAUGACCCAGAAAGGUUGAAAAUAAAAGGAUGGAAAAAGGAUAUAGAAGGCAAUCCCAAACAAAAGAAAGCUGAUAUAGCUUUAUUGAUGUCAGACAAAAUAUUCUUUAAGGUGAAAAGCUUUAUUUUAGUUAAAAGAGGGCCACUACAAAUGGCAAAAUGUUUAAUGUAGGAAGAUAUAAUAAUUCUGAAUUCAUGUGUACCUAAUAACAUGGCCUCAAAAAACCUGGGGAAAAAACUAGCGUAACUAGGAGAAAAACCUAAUCUUCCCUUUAUGGUGAGAGAAUUUAACACAUUUCAUUCAAUAUUUGAAAGCUUAAGUAGACCAAAACUUUGUAAGAAUGAACAAUUUAGAAAGUUUGAAUAAACAUUUAAUAAGCUCAAGCUAUAAUCUGGAGCUAAUGAAUCUGCAAAGAAACUUACUUCAAUCACUUAGCAAGUUUAUACCUAUACUUCUUUUCUUUUUUCUUUUUUAAGAGACAGACCUGCCCAAGCUACAUGAUCAUAGCUCACUGCAGACUUGAACUCCUGGGCUCAAGUGAUCCUCCAGCCUCAGCCUCCAGAGUAGCUAGGACUAUAGGCAUAUGCCACUGAGCCUGGCAGCAAAUACAAGCUGUGUUCUUCUCAAGCACACAUAGAAUAUCUGUAAAAACCUAGGCCAGCAGGGCCUCUCCUCCAUGGUCCUGUCAGCACUGUUUCGGGAACCAGGAGGUGAGGCCGGGCCACGCUCGGACUCUUCGAGCCUCUAGUCUGUCACUGGGGAUGGUGGGCCAAUUCCGCAGCCACGUGUGGGAUCCGUUGCUGAUCCUGUCGCAGAUCGUCCUCAUGCAAGCCGUCUAUUACGGCUCGCUAGGCCUGUGGCUGGCGCUAGUGGACGGGCUAGUGCGAAGCAGUCCCUCGCUGGACCAGAUGUUCGAUGCGGAGAUUCUGGGCUUUUCCACCCCUCCAGGCCGGCUCUCCAUGAUGUCCUUCGUCCUCAAUGCCCUUACCUGUGCCCUGGGCUUGCUGUACUUCCUCCGGCGAGGGAAGCAGUGUCUGGAUUUCACUGUCACUGUCCAUUUCUUUCACCUCCUGGGCUGCUGGUUCUACAGCUCCCGUUUCCCCUCAGUGCUGACCUGGUGGCUGGUCCAAGCUGUGUGCAUUGCACUCAUGGCUGUCAUCGGGGAGUACCUGUGCAUGCGGACGGAGCUCAAGGAGAUCCCCCUCAACUCAGCCCCUAAAUCCAAUGUCUAGAAUUGAGCCCUUUGGAUACUCUGCUGGCACUUGGGCCCUUGGGUUGCUCAGACUCUUCAGAUGAGGUCCAGCCCAUGUCUGAGAGGAACCCUGGAAAUGUGAAGUUCUCUGUUGGUGUGGGAAAGACAGUGAGACCCUGUCAAGAAGGCAGGUAGCAGUCAGGAUGACAGCUCUAAGAAUGGCCUCUGUUUUCUGAAGCCUUGAUAUCUGGGAGGUCAGGAAAAUGACCUCUUUAAGGGUAAUAACAGACUUGGAACCAUGCCACUCUUGAGCCACCAUAACUCACCAGCCUCUUAUUUUUAAAAAGAAAAAAAUCAAGGAUAUCUGAUUGGAGCAAACCACUCUUCUGAUCAUCUGUCUUACCUCCUUGGGACAGCUGUUACCUUUGCCAUAUUCCCGAACCACAGCAGUUCAGUUUGGAGAAACACUUGGUUUCUGGAUCCAUAGCCAGGGAAAGAAAUGUAGGUGUAAUGUAUUAGGCUGCUGUCAGGGAGACGAUGGCAGAUGGAGGCAUCAAACACAAGGAAAACGCACAACCUGUGUCCUGUUACAUGGAUGUGAGUGUGCAUCCAAGAACCAUGACUUUCUUCCAGAUUGCUCUACUGAGUCCCCACCCUGCUGCCAGUUCUCAACACAGCAAGCCAUAGAACCCAAGGAAGAAUCCCAGCAUCACUCUUGUUCUAACCCUCAUCAGAGAGACAAUGCCUGUUCUCUAUUGACCAGGCAACCCAGCUCCCCUUGGACCCCAUUGUUUUUCCUGCCUUAUUUGAAAUUCUGUGGUGGGAAGGUAGGGAUGGGUACCCAGAGACAAGAAGCCCAAACUUCCAACCUGGGCUGGACUGAUAAUGGACUGAGGGAGAUAGAAUUUGCUGCUAAGAUUUUUCUUUAGGGUAGAGUUUCCUCCUAUGAGGGGCUUGCAGUCUUUCCUAUGUACCUAAAGACAGUAUUUUCCAUGAAAAAAAAAAAAAAAGAAUAUCUGUAAAAACUUGUAAGUAAUACACCAGCAAGUGUUGUUCAGUGCCUGUCAAAGAAUCAGUGUCAUGCUAUGUUGUAUGACCAAAAUGAAAUAAGACUAGAAAUCAAUACAAAAAUGGUGAAAACAAUGCAUACAUUUGGUAACUUAAAAAGCAUACUUACGGCUCGGUGCCUGUGGCUCAAGCGGCUAAGGCACCAGCCACAUACACCUGAGCUGGCAGAUUCGAAUCCAGCCCAGGCCUGCCAAACAACAAUGACGGCUGCAACCAAAAAAAUAGCCGGGCGUUGUGGCGGGCGCCUGUCCCAGCUACUUGGGAGGCAGAGGUAGGAGACUCGCUUGAGCCCAGAAGUUGGAGGUUGCUGUGAGCUGUGAUACUACGGCCCUCUACCCAGGGCGACAGCUUGAGGCUCUGUCUCAAAAAAUAAAUAAAUAAAUAAAAAAUAAAAGGCAUACUUACAUGUGGAUCAAGAAACAAAACUAUAAUAGAAAUUGUUAGGCCAGGCGCGGUGGCUUACACCAGUAAACCUAGCACUCUGGGAGACCAAGGCAGGUGGAUUGCUUCUCACGAGUUCAAGACCAGCCUGAGCAAGAGUGAGACCUCGUCUCUAAAACCCGCCAGCUUUUGUGGUGGGUGCCUGUAGUCCCAGGUACUUUGGAAGCUGGGGUAAGAGAAUCGCUUGAGCUCAAGAAUUUCAGGUUGCUGUGAGCCGUGAUGCCACUGCACUCUACCGAGGGCAAUAAAGUGAAACUCUGUCUCAAUAAAAAAUAAAUAAAUAAAUAAAAAGACUAAUAGCAUCCAGGUAUGGUGGCUCAUAAUCCUAGCAGUUUGGGAGGCUGAGGUAGGAGGAUAAUUUGAGGCCAGGAGUUCAAGACCAGCCUGGGCAACAGAGUGAGAACCUGUCUAUACAAAAAAAACCUUUUUUGGCUGGGAAAUGGCUCACACCUGUAAUCCUAGCACUCUGGGAGGCUGAGGCGGUUGGAUUGCUUGAGCUCAGGAGUUUGAGACUGUCCUAAGUCAUAACAGGAUCCCAUCUCUACUAAAAUCAAUCAAUCAAUCAAUCUAGCCCAGCACAAUGGUGCUUGCCUCUAGUCCCAGCUACUCAGGAGGCUGAGGCAGAGGGAUUGCUCAGGGCCAGAAGUUUGAGGUUGCUGUGAGCUGUGGCAUGAGGGUACUCUACCCAGGGCAACAGAGUGAGAUUCUGUCUCAAAAAAAACCAUUUCUUUUUGGUAAUACAGAGUCUUACUCUGUUGCCCUAAUCUAGAGUGCCAUGGCAUCAGCCUAGCUCACAGAAACCUCUAA